AUGAAUUUAAUUGAAUAUUAAUGCAAUAAAGAUUAGCAUUUCAAUUAGAGUAUAAUAGGAUAUUGUCUUAAAUCAGAUUGUUAAGAAACUCGUUAAUUUUGUUAAAAAUGUUCACUAAAUUCUUAAAUCCAUAAUCAAUGUCGACCUUAUUUUUAGGAUUUUGAUCAAAUUUUCAAUAAUUUAUAAAGCCAUUUAGAUUACUUAUAACAUUAAACUUUUUUUUUGAUUACGAAAUGGAAAGUAAUUUAAAAUUAAUGGGUGAGAAUAUAUGAACUAAUUGGGAAAUAAUAAAAAAUUUUAUAAGAAAUUUUAAAUAACUUAAGAGAUCAUAAAUAUGAGGAUUUAAAGAGUUAUAUACCUUUAAUCAUUAAAUAUUAAUUAAUUUUCAAUAGAGAUAAUAAAUUAAUGAAAUUUUAAAAUGGUAGAUAAUAGAAUAAAAUUUAUUAGGAUUAAGAUUAGCAAAAAAGGGAGAUAUAGAGAAUGCUAUUAAAAUAUAUGAUGAAUUAAUCAAAGAAGAUGAAAAAUAUGGCAACUCUUAUUAUUAAAAAGGUCUUAAAUAAUAAUUAUAAAUUAGGAUUAGCAUUAAUUAAGCAAGAGAAUAUAAAUGAAGAAUAGUUGUAAGAGGCAGCUUUUUGUUUUAAUAAAGCUACUAAAAUUGAUAGUUAUAAUUAUGAUGCCUAUAAAUAAAGAGGUUUUAAUACUUUUAUAAAUUUAGGGAUAUGUCUAUUCAAAUUGAAAAAAUAUGAUUAAUCAUUAGAUUGCUUUAAUAGUAUAAAGAAAUAUGAAAUAGAUGAUGAAGAGUUGGACAUUUACAUAGGUCUUAUAAAAUUAAUUUUAAGGUAGGGUUUUAAUUGAAAAUGAACAAAAUGAUAAAGCAAUUAAUUUUUUCGAUAAAAUAUUAAAUAAGAACAUAUAUGCUUAUGAUUCAUAUUAUUACAAAGGUGUCUAAAUUAUUAUAAUAAUAGGUUUAUGCUUAUUUAAUUUAAAGAAUUAUGAAGAAGCUAUAAGAUAAUUAAAUAAAUUAAUAGAUUUAGAUCCUUCUUAUAUUUAAGCAUAUAUCUUAAAAGGUUAUCUAUUUCUUCAUAUUAAGGUUAAGCUUAACUUAAAUUAGAGUUGAAGAAUGAGGCUAGAGAAAGUUUUAGCUAGGUAAUUUAAAAAGAUUCUUAGAAUUUAUAAGCUUAUUUAGGAAAAUGUAAAUAUUGAAAUUAAUUUUAAGCCUAAACAUAUGAUAAUAACAAAGAUAAAAUUAGUAUUAUGAUUUCUGCAUAAGAAGCUAAUAUUAAAUCUAGUGAAUUGAACUAUGAAAUAGGUAUUAUAGGAAUUUUCAACAUUAGGGUUUGCAUUACAAUAAGAGAAAAAAUAUAAUUAAGCUAUUGAUUAAUAUGAUAAAAUAGAGUAUAAUUCACUUAAUCAAAAUUAUAUGGACAUGAUUUAUUUUAAUAAAGGGAAUUAUAUCAGUUAUAAUUUAGGUCUUACUUUAUAUAAAUUGAAAAGAUAUGAAGAGGCCACAGAUUGUUUUAUUAAGGCAAGCUAUGUUGAAUCCAAAUAGAUAGAAGCAUUAAUUUAUUAGGGUUAAUUUAGUAUUUAAAUAAUUUAGGUUAAUCAUUAUAAAGGUUGUAAAAGCAUAAGGAAGCAAUAUAAUGUUUUGAUGAGAUAUUAAAUAAAGGUUUUUAGAGCGAAAAAAUCUAUUAUAAUAAAGGUUUUUUGGAAUUUCUUUAAUAAUAGGAAAAUCCCUAUAUUUUUUAGGAAUUUACAUUUAAGCUGUUAAAUGUUUUGAUUAGGCUUUAUAAAAGUGUUAAAAAUUGCCAAAAGUUUAUUAAUUAAAAAGUAUGAUUAUCUAUAAAUAUUUUGCAUUAAAAUAGGUGAGGCUUUAAAAUACUUGGGGAAAAUUUAUGAAGCUAACAAAUGUUUAGAAAUAUUAAAGAUAUUGAAAGAAGAAAAAAUUAAUGACUCUAAUAUAAUGUCAACAUCGUCUUCAUAACCAG